AGUCCCCCACCACACCAGUCCAGUGACAGUGACUCAGUCCAACGCCUCUCCUCUUCUUCUCUUUUCGAUUCGAAAUCGAAACAGCCCCCUGCGUCCGAAUGUUCUAGAGCCUUCCGGCCGGGCCUAGGGUUCCCGAUGGGGCCCGAGGAGGCGGAGGCCGUGCUGGAGACCAUCUGGGACCUCCACGACAAGGUCAGCGACGCCAUCCACGCCCUCUCCCGCGCCCACUUCCUGCGCGCCGUCCGCCGCCGCGCCUCCGCCGCGGACAAGCCCGCCGCCGGCCUCGUGUACGUCAAGGGCGGGGGUCUGGGCCUCGGCGCGCGCGGCGGAGACGAGGUCGCCGCGCUGGCGGCCCUCGCUGAGGAGGCCAGGAGCCUGCACGCCAUCCGCGCCGCGCUCGAGGACCUCGAGGACCAGUUCGAGUGCUUUCUCGCUGUGCAGUCACAGCAACAGGCAGAACGGGACUUUGCGUUAGCAAGGUUGGAGCAAAGCCGCAUCAUGCUUGCAAUAAGACUAAAAGAGCAUCAUGGGAAAAAUCACGAAGUCAUAGAUGAGGCAUCCAACUUUGUCCGCAAUGUCUACCAGGAUGUUUGGCCUUCUCUGUCAACUACCAAGCCUGAGAAGUGCGCUGACAGUUCCAGUAACACUGCAAAGGGUCCAAAUUUCUUUGUGCGGAUGGUAUCGUCUAGUCUUGCUAUUGCAGGGAGCAGUUUCAAUCUCAAAAGUUUGGGUGGUGCAUUAGGGAACAGUGCAGCUUUAGCUCUUGGCAUUGUUUCGGUGCUGCAGCUGCGGUGGUUAGCUUCAGGGGCACACAGCUCAGGAGCUGGUAACUACAGCUACAGGAGGAUCAGUGAGAAGGACUCAUCGUCGCGGUUGGGGAUAUCUCCAAGUGGCAGCAGAACGGCUCGUCUUGAUGUGUCACUAGCCAGGGGUUGAGGCCUUGAGGGAUUUUGCGUCACAAUAUUUGUUGCUUGUACAUGAUUCGCUAGGACAUAGUUUCGCAGUAGGAGGUUGUUCUCGCUUGUUGUCUUCUAGGUAAUAUUGCAGAUCGGUUCAGUUUAGUUGAUGUCUGUUGUCAUUUCGAUGGAUUUUGAUCCUGAACUGCAUCCCUUUAGGCAGGAGAACCUUUGUUGAUACUGUUACGUUUGCUCUGCUUGGAGUUGGUUGCUUGCUUGAUAUGUGCACACCAUUGGUGUGACCGUAGUUUGUUGAUCUACACGCCGCCUUUUGUCU